GCUGUGGAGAAGAGCUGGGCGCAUUUUAUAGAGGCACUGCUAUCUAGACUGGAUUCCGUUUCAAGUGCUUUUUGUUCUCUUCGUUUUCGUCGUCUUCUUCUGCCCCUCCCCCACAUCGUCCCCUUAGUGGCCUAUUGUCCCACAUGCCCCUUCAACCAUGGGGAAGCCACGGAUGAUUAUUCUGGUCCGCCACGCGCAGUCAGAAGGGAAUAAAAACCGCGAUAUCCACCAGACCACGCCCGACCAUCGAGUGAAACUUACUACCGAAGGACAUCGUCAGGCUCAAGAUGCGGGCCGUCGAUUACGAGAUCUCCUCCACCCCGAUGAUACCCUCCACUUCUUUACUUCGCCGUAUCGGCGGACAAGAGAGACAACCGAAGGCAUGCUGGAAUCGCUGACCUCUGACGAUCCUACGCCAUCGCCGUUUCCAAGACAAGGCAUCAAAGUAUAUGAAGAGCCCCGACUACGAGAACAAGAUUUUGGCAACUUCCAACCAUGCUCCACUGAAAUGGAGCGUAUGUGGAUGGAACGGGCAGAUUAUGGCCAUUUCUUCUAUCGUAUUCCCAACGGCGAGUCCGCCGCGGAUGCCUACGACCGUGUGAGCGGAUUCAAUGAGUCGCUGUGGCGACUCUUCGGGGAAGAGGACUUUGCCAGUGUCUGCGUGCUUGUCACCCACGGCCUCAUGACGCGAGUCUUUCUCAUGAAGUGGUAUCAUUGGAGCGUGGAAUACUUUGAAGACCUACGCAACAUCAACCACUGCGAGUUCGUGAUCAUGACUCUCAAACCUGACAACGGCAAAUACACCCUCCAGAAUAAAUUGCGUACAUGGUCUGAUCUGCGCAAAGAGAGAGAACGUGAGCGGGAGGCCAACGGUCAACCUCCCACACCCCCAGCUACUUCAGAUCAUAUCCCAAUCCGCCGCAAAUGGGGUGGUUGUCCGGAUGGAUGUUCCCAUGGGUUGACCGGAGAUGCAAAGAAGUCUCUUCGAGCACAACUGGUGGAAUCAAUGCAUCGGGGCAGUGGACAUACACGAAACAAUGUCGCUACAUACCCCGAUCAACCAUCACCACUGAAACAAGCCUCUUCUACAUCCGACAGUAUGGAAGGGUCAUUCCCCUUCCCCAACGACAAAAGUAUACCUACUUUACAAGGCGCCAGCAACAGCUCUCAGUCUGCUACUCAACUAACAGAUGAGAACAAAGAUACGCGCAGGCGCUCUUCCAGCUCUGAUACUCCUUCUAGCAGCACCUUCCGUCCCAUGAGGCCUCUUCUAGGUCCCCAUCGUGAUAGCGAGGACCACCUCCUCCACCCUCCAAUCUCAUCAUCGUCUACCGCGAACUUCAAAAUGGCUCUACUCCAUCUAGGCGGCCGCGACGGGGGUGGUUCCAUGAGUGGCGCAAACAGUCUCGCACCAUCUGACGACGAAGGGGAAGAUCACGACCAUCAUCACCACCACCACCAUCACCAUCACCAUCACGGUCCUCGUUCCGGAACACCAGUCCCCCACGACAAACACACCCAUUCGCACGCGCAUUCUCACGGCCCCUCUUCAUCUUCAACGUCCAAACCAUCCCAAGACCUCGAAGACGACGGCGACGACGAGCUCAGCGCCCAUCCAACAGAAGACUCAAAGCGUCGUCUGCACCAUCUUCCGCAUCAUCACCACCAUAAUCACACUACAUCUAUGUCUACACAACCAACACCUAAUGCCCGUCCCACCCACCACAGACAAACCUCAUCAACAGCCUCGCCACCAACAUUCAGAAUGGCCAACAUCCUCGGCGACGGCGACGACGAACUCUCCACCAGCGGAGACGCCCAAACACCGCGUACCAUUGAGCCGCAAACACCACAUACCAAUGCCGGCGAGAAGGAGCUGGCCAAUAGUCAGAAUGAAGAGGAUUGUCUAGAGGCGCAGCGGCGCGAGGAUCAGAGUAUUCAGGGGAGUGUUUAUUGAGAGAAACUAGACCUUUAAAGGAAUUUGGUUUAGGGUAUGGGUAUCAGGGGGUAUAAAUCUGGUUUAGACCGGUUUUUAUUCUAAUUUGAUAGAAGGAUGGGAGAUGGGGGGAUUAGAGGGAGAUUGUUUCGGGAUUAGUGCUGGACUUCCUUCACCUUACGCGAUGGUCGUCGUAUCGGCAGACAGGGAAUUGGGUUCCGGAUAAAGCAUUAUGCUACGAGUAUACGAAUGAGAAUGACAAUGCA